CGAGGGAGCAGCUGCAGGGAAAGGCCCAGGUCGCUGCGGUCGGAGGCAGCGGCUGCGCCCUGGGCGGCCUGGCCCUGCCGGCAGGAGGCGCCACUCUCGGUUACAGGCGCCCGCAGCCGCGCUGCGCCAGCCGUGGAACCUCAUUCUAGUUGAAGAAGGAGGAAAAGAGGAGAAGGAAGGGGCAGGGCCGGUCCCCGCCCCUCGCUUCCGGGAUGGAUGUUCCCGGCCGGGUGUCACCGCGGGCGGCGGCGGCGGCGGCGGCCACCAUGCUCCUGCGCACGGCUCGGGUCCCCCGCGAGUGCUGGUUCUUGCCCACCGCGCUGCUCUGCGCCUACGGCUUCUUCGCCAGCCUCAGGCCGUCCGAGCCCUUCCUGACUCCCUACCUACUGGGGCCCGACAAGAAUCUUACCGAGAGGGAGGUCUUCAAUGAAAUUUAUCCAGUAUGGACUUACUCAUAUCUAGUGCUACUGUUUCCUGUGUUCCUUGCUACAGACUACCUCCGUUAUAAACCUGUUGUUCUACUGCAGGGACUCAGCCUUAUUGUUACGUGGUUCAUGCUGCUCUAUGCCCAGGGACUGCUGGCCAUUCAGUUCUUAGAAUUCUUCUAUGGCAUUGCCACAGCCACUGAAAUUGCCUAUUACUCUUACAUCUACAGUGUGGUAGAUCUGGGCAUGUACCAGAAAGUCACAAGUUAUUGCCGAAGUGCCACCUUGGUGGGCUUCACGGUGGGCUCCAUCCUGGGGCAAAUCCUUGUCUCAGUGGCAGACUGGUCCCUGUUCAGCCUGAACGUCAUUUCUCUUACCUGUGUUUCUGUAGCUUUUGCUGUGGCCUGGUUUCUGCCCAUGCCACAGAAGAGCCUUUUCUUUCACCAUGUACCAUCCACCUGCCAGGCAGUAAAUGGCAUCAAGGUACAAAAUGGUGGCAUUGUUACUGACACCUCAGCUGCUAACCACCUUCCUGGGUGGGAAGACAUUGAAUCAAAAAUCCCUUUAAAUAUGGAGGAGCCUUCCACGGAGGAACCGGAAGCCAAGCCAGAUCAUCUCCUUGUGCUAAAGGUACUAUGGAAUGAUUUCCUGAUAUGCUACUCCUCUCGCCCUCUGCUCUGCUGGUCGGUGUGGUGGGCCCUUUCCACCUGUGGCUAUUUUCAAGUCGUGAACUACACACAGGGCCUGUGGGAGCAGGUGAUGCCUUCUCGCCAUGCUGCUAUUUAUAAUGGUGGUGUGGAGGCUGUUUCAACCUUACUGGGUGCUGUUGCCGUGUUUGCAGUUGGUUAUAUAAAAAUAUCCUGGUCAACUUGGGGAGAAACGACAUUGUCUCUGUUUUCACUCCUGAUUGCUGCCACAGUGUAUAUCAUGGACACUGUGGGUAACAUUUGGGUGUGCUACGCAUCCUAUGUUGUCUUCAGAAUCAUCUACAUGCUACUCAUCACUAUAGCAACUUUCCAGAUUGCUGCAAACCUCAGCAUGGAGCGCUAUGCCCUAGUGUUUGGUGUAAAUACCUUCAUUGCCCUGGCACUGCAGACUCUGCUCACUCUAAUUGUGGUAGAUGCCAGUGGUCUUGGCUUAGAAAUUACCACUCAGUUCCUGAUCUACGCCGGCUAUUUUGCUCUUAUUGCUGUGGUUUUCCUGGUUAAUGGCACAGUCAGUAUUAUGAAGAAAUACAGAAAGCAGGAAGAUCCAGAAUCAAGUUCUCAAGUAACCACUUCAUAAUAUACUACUGAAAACCACCUUCUUGUAGCAAGAACUCUGCAUAGCAACUGUGCCUGGACGUAUUUAAUUUUUUAAGGUGUAGACAUAUAUUUAUGAAUGUGCAUUUCAUGGCUUCAGAGCAGCCACUUGACUAAUACCUUGUGUUCUUGGACAAAUACAAUGCUAUUCAAAGGAGCCAGAAAUGAAGUUUAUUUCGUGGAUUAUUUAUGAGAGCUAAUUUAAGGAUAACUUUUUCCUGAUUCAAAAGUGAACUUGAUUUUGAAAUUAAGUAAUCAAGAGCAAUCAAGCAUCACAUGGCUUGUAUACUUGAUCAGCGAGUGAGUUGGAUGUUUUAAGUGUCACGUACUUCUGAACCCCCUUGGCCAGAAGCUUGGCCUGGUGGCACCAGAGUUUCAUGGGGCCCACAGGAUGUGAUAGUCGAGAUGGAAAUAUGUUCUAACAGCACCUGCCUCUAUUCAACUUAAUUUUUAUUUCUGUGUUUACCCAUGUGCAUUUGUGUUUCUGCAGAUGAAAAUUGUUCUUACUGGCAGUAUUUGUUCUGAUUUAGUAUUCUAUAAGGAGUAUAUGUCAUUUCUAAUUUUAAGUUAUUUUUUAAAAUUCACUGUAUGAGUGUUCUUGGUUACUGUCUUGACAGUUAUGUACUUGUGUAGAAUUUCUUUAGAAGUACAUUUUUGCAUUGUUCGUAUGCUUCCUAGAGAAGCUCAUGUAGUUAGGAAAGAAGGCAAGUUUUGAAGCCUGCUAACAAUCUAAACGAAGAGACCUAAUCAGAAAACUUAAGGUAGGCCUACUGCUUUUCUUUAAUUCUUCAUUAUGAAAGACUAUCAAUUCCAUGAUGAAAAGUUAGUAUAUGGGGUAAGGCUUUAACUAGACCAUUUUUUAUUUGCAUUCCCUCUAUUUCCAAAAUAAGAUGAAAAAGUUUUGUUUUGUUUUUAAUAACUUCAUCUCCAUUUAUAGCUUUUAUAUUGUUUUGUCCUUCUUAUACAAGAUAAUAAUGUCAUUAGGACUUGGGUUAUUCCGAGGCCUUUUUCAUAAACUGAGCAUCUUUUUAAUUAUUUCAGUGGGACAGAAACUCAGACUCGAUUCCUGGAUUUUGUGCAUUAGAUAUGUCUUUGUUUCUAAGGGUGGAUAAUCCUUAAAAUAAGGAUUGCUAGUGAUUCUAUUUCCAAGUUACGUGAAGAAACGUUCUGCAUACAUUUAAUUUUGAAAUCAGUCUAUGAAGUAGCUGCAGUGUAUGUGAGAUAUGAGAACUAUUUUAAAUUUUUGAAAAAGCCAAUUUUGUUGCCUUGUCUCGAAAAGAUGUUUAGGUAGGUGCUUUUAACUAAGAUGUUAACUUUUUUAGAAUGACACAGCUAAGCAGUGUUAAUAAUGUGAAGAUUGUGAAAUUGAUGUAUUCAAUUUGGUUUAAGCCAGAAUCCUAGAAGCAAAUGAAUGGGGAUAAGUAGGUCAUUUUUCAUUCACCUUCCUUUCCAAAUAAAGGAAAGGAAAGGAGCACUGGGUAAAGAAGGAAGGGGAAGUGAUGUCUGAAAAGUAGCAGCCAUGCUGAUCAGUAAUCUUUACCUAGCGCCUGAGCACCUUUCUCCCCUAUCCCGUUCCUUUACCCUUUUCUAGAUUUUGGACAGGAGGUAAAAGUGACUAAGACUGAACCAAGGUCUUGGUAAAGCCUGCACAGGCACCGUAAGAAGCUGAAAAUACUGUUUGUUCCCACAAUCACUGAUUUGAAAGUUCCCAACACAGGCAGCUGCUGUGUGGAUGGAAUUAAAGCCACUACAUAGAAUAGCCUCUUACAGAUUUUCAUAAAUACUAGUCACAGUGAGGGCAUUUCUCUUGGGGAUAUGGUACAGGGGGGAGACUGAUGCUAGUCCUAUUGUAUUUUGUUUGGCUGUCCUCAUGUUUUUUCACCCCAGCCUGUAGUCCCCCUCCUUACUCCAACCUCCAGGGACUUGUGGGGAACAAGGAUAGUCAGAGGCAGAAGAGGAUUUGGGCUGGGACUCUGGAGACUCCUCCCCUUCUCCCCCCUCCCCCUUUUUCCCUUCCAGCUGCUCUUUGUCACUGGCUCUGAUGGGUGUUUACCUGGCUGUGUCGCUUCUCUGUAUUUAGCUGCAGUGAUCCUUUAGCUGGUUGGCUCAGAAAAAUCUGCUUUAGGUGCCCUGUGAUACUGGGCAUCAAGGGAAUCCAUUCUUCCCCUUUUUGAUGUGUUCUCCCCUGUACUUUCCAGAUUCUUACUGUGUUAUAGCUCCCAGUGGGGUAUUGGUGAUCCAUGUGAUGCAGGGCCUGUCAGUAUCCAGCUGCCUGUAAGGGAGAGGAUAACUUGUACCUGCCCUGCCUGCCGCUAUGAAGGUGUCUGCCUUGUGGAUCAUGGGAUCUCCCUGAGGGGAACUGGGGGGUGGGGAUAGUCAUAAAGGAGAAUGUCCUACUUGGGAGGGCAGGAAGCAGAGAAACUGGACAAGAAAUGGACCUGGGGAAUGGGAGUUUAUCUUGCAUACCUGAAGGUUGGGUCUCUUCACACAGAGACUCAAAAAGAGACCCCUGCUUCAAAUUUACCUCUUCCAUUCCCAGAGCUAGUCCAGGGCUUAGAAGGAUGCCCUUGGUUUGUAGGUCCAGUGUUGUCUGUCAUCCAUUUAAGUGUUCCCACUUUCAAGUGACAGUCCUCUCCUUGGCGCUGCCAUGGGCAGAGCAUGUCUGGCAUUGUGGCCUGACUUUUACGCCCUAAUCUUAGUUGAAGAAAUAUAUGCACAGGAGUCAAAGAGAUGUCUUUAUAUCUGACUGUACAAAAAUGAAGUUUUAUGUUUUUUUUUCUUUCCGGUGCAAUAAAGUUUGUUUUGGCAGAGGAAAAAAAAAGUAGCAGCCACCAACUUUAUAUUUGGUGAAUUUUGCUUUGCUUUGGGUUUUUUGCUGCAUAGGGAAUUGUUUACUCAGAAACAAAUAGGGAAGUGGUGUUUGAGGGAUUUUAUUUGAUUUUUUUUUUUUUUAAAUAAAAUGGACUGUGGUACAAUAAAUUGUUCACAUUACCAAAGCAAUAUUUUCCUGUAAUUUAAUUUGAAGUUGUGGCACACAACCUAAGCCUUUACUUAUUUAAGACGAAUAAGUUCACGUCUUGGUGUGUGGCCAUGUUUGUAGAAUGCUAAAUCCAGUCUUGAAGUUGUGUGCAGUUUUCCAAAGAAGUGAAAAUGAUUUGUUGUAACUUUUUAUUCAAUUCUGUGUAGACUAUAAAAAAUUUUUUUAUUAAAUAAAUGUUUUACAUUCUGUUUCCUUUUUUAUUAAAAAAUUAUUUAAACGUAUCAUCUGUUUCAGCAAGAACAUUGAUUACAUCUUUUAAUAAUUUCUCCUAGGACAAAUUUCAUAUUACAUCUUUCCCUCUCCCUAGUCUUCUUAACUAACGUUCAGUCAACCUGUUAAUUCUUUCAUUGUCUUGUGAUCUUUACUUUUGAUUCUUCCUCUUUAUUACUGUUGUUUUUCCAAUUUUCCCUGGCAUCACUUUGCGCUGUUGUUUUUCUUGGUCUUUAAAUCUUGGUACCUGUCUGUCUCUUUUUAAAGCAUUGUUCCAUUUAGAAACCUAAAAGAUCCAUACUCGCUCUGAUGUUAACUAAAUUUUAAAAAUAAAGGAAAAUAAGUCAAAGCAAUGGCAGAAGGUACCAUCUUGUUUUGAAACUUUAUAAAACCUUUCCUCCACCCCAAAAUAUUCUGAUACCCAUCAGUUAAAAAUCAUUGUUCAUUAUAUCCCAGAAAUUAAAUCAAUCUUUUUUCACAGUAUCCAAAUCAGUACCUUCCCUUUCAUAUUCCAUUCUAAAACCUAUUUCAUUGAAGCAUUUCAUUAACUAACACCAAAGGCUAGGAAAAUUUUCAUGCAAAAAAAUUAAUUAAAAAUACAGAAUUUUCUAUGUCUACAGUUACAUCCUCUGUUCUUAUUGCCUUUUAGAUUGUAAGCCUUCUGAGCAGGGACCAUGUCUUAUUUUUGUCCUUUGUUGCAAACUACAUCCUGGUGCCAAAUGAAUAUUGAAUUGUAAUGGCUUGUUUAUGUGAUGGACUCAACAUAGUUACCUCCAGUACUACAUAGCUACAUGUCCAUGUUUUUAAAAAGCCACAUCAACAAAAAACAUUAAGAUUAAAGUGCCUGUUGAUGAUC